AUGCAGCUGGUGCUGGCGGCGUGGCUGGCCCUGAGCCUGCUGGCAGGGAUGGGGGCCGAGGACAUGUGUGGGGCCCCCCCUGCCAGUCCGGCCCACUCCAUCCCUGCACCCCAGCUCAGCCCUGAGGAGCGGCUCUCGCCCCAUAUGCCCGAAUCUCUGCGCUGUGACGCCUGCCACGCCAUCGCCUUCCAGAUUGAAGAGCAGCUGCGCAGGGUGGAGGGGAAGAUGGGCAGGAAGACGCUGAGCGAGUCUGACUACGUGGAGGUGCUGGAGAGGAGCUGCUCGCAGGGCUGGGAGAGCUACGGGGUGCAGGAGGUGGAUGGGGAGAAGCGGCUGGCAGGGCCAGGGCUGCUGAGACAGGAGCUCAUGAGCGUGAUGGUGAUGGGGGGACCCUGGCCAGGCAGGUUGUCCAAGAUGUGCCACAGCUACGUGGGCGAGCAGGGAGAGGCACAGAUCUACGGGGCACACCAGCAGGGCCCGGCCGCCCUCCGGGAGCUGCUCUGCCACGGGGAGAAGGGAGCCUGUGCCAGCGGCAAGGCCGGGGGGCCGGCCCCCCCCAAGGCGCUGCAGAAUGAGCUGUAGCCCUGGUGUGGUUAAUGCUUAAUGCCCUGGUGACCUUCGGAACCAACUUCGUCCCCAGCGAGAGCCAACACGUGCCAGGAGGUGGGCACCUUCCUGGUGUCACCCAUCAUCAGCGUCGCAAAUGUCCCUCAGUGCCCAGCCCAGUGCCAGGAGGAUGCCGGCAGCAGCCGGUGCCCCACGCUGCCGGACCCCCUGCGGGCUGGGAAUUACUCUGUAACCUGCCAACUCUAAUGUUUUACCAACGUGGUGCUCAGGGUGGGGGUGCCCUGGCCCUGCAG